CGCAAAUAAGUGGACGCUGAAAGCAAGAAUGGAGAAGAAAGUUCUAAAUCAAAAAGAAUAUUUGAAGAAGUAUUUGUCUUCGGGAGAUGGUGACGAUAAGAAAAAGAAGAAGAAGAAGAAGACGAAAGUGGGUGCGAAAACGUUAUAUUGAUUGUUUCGCACAUCCUCCUGGAAUUUUACAUUGAAAUAUUUUAAAACCUUUGUACCACGAAUUGCAAAACGAAGCAAUUUAUUUGUUACUCUUUCCUUGAUUCUGUGAUAUAAUUAUCCUGAAGACCGAUAAUCGACUCGAACAAUUUUAGAAAAUAGUAAAUAAUCUACGAAGAUUGUUGUCCGUUUCUUCACACAAAUUUUGAGAUGUGUUUUCCAGAGUAAAGAUCAUUGAUGAUGACAUAGACCUGAAGAAUAUGAGACCAAUCGAUGAGAGUGAAUUUGAUAUUUUCAUCUCUGCCGAGGAUGCACCUCAAAUUGCUGGUAUAGUGGAUGAACGAGGACCAGUUGAUUUUGGAGAUAAAAGAAGAUGGAAAAUUGUAGCUGAUAACGAAGAUGGAGACCUAACUAUUACCAGCCAAGAUCAAAAAAAUAAACAAUCUAAGAAAGUAAGAAAUAACUCUGACGAUGAUUCAACUCUGCUUAAAAAACAAAAGAAAUACUUGGAAGAUGAUUUGUCUCCACCAAGAAUGUCCAAAUCUGAACGAAAGAAAAAGAAUAGAGCAUGUGUAGAAGAAGAUGGCGAAGGAAACAGUGACUUCAGCCCACCUAGAAGAAAAUCUAAAAAGCAUACUAAUUCCAAACAUAAAGUUUCACAGAAUGUUAGUGAUAGUGACAGUAAUUCAGAACCUGAUAUUCUAUCCAAUAAAAUGAGAAAGAAAACAAAAAGAAGAGGUAAAUCAUCUGAAUCAGAUUUGAGUCCACCCAGACAAUCUAAAAUUUAUGACUCAGAUUUAAGUCCGCCUAGAAAAAGUAAACAUGUAUCUCAGAAAAAUAUAAAACACAUGAGUAACAGUGAUUCGGAUAUGAGUCCUCCUCGAAAAAGUAGGAAAGAUUCUGAUUCUGAGUUGAGUCCACCAAGAAGUAAAAAAAGUAAAAAUUAUGAUUCAGAUUUAAGCCCACCAAGAAGAAGUAAAAAACACGAAUAUGAUAAAAGAAAUUCAAAACAAAGGAAAGAUUCCGAUUCAGAUUUAAGUCCACCAAGAAGACAUGAGAAACAUAUAAACUCGCACUCAAAUUCUAAUAGGAAUGACAAAAACAAUGAUUCCGAUCUUAGUCCACCUAGGCAAAGUAAAAAGCACAAAAGUUCAUAUUUCGACUCUAAAAAGAAUAGAUACAAUGACUUAAGUCCAGCCAGGCAACACAAAUACAGAGUCUCGCAUGCAAAUUCAUAUAAAGAAAGCAGAACUUUUAAACAUUCUGAGAAGAGUUCUAGGACAGCCAGAAGGUAUGAUGGAGAUACUAGUCCACCUCGCAGAAAGAACAGAGAAUUAGACAGAAGUCGGAGUAGUUCUAAGGAAGAUGCGAGAGACUCUUUUAAGUCUAAGAAGAACAAAUGGAACGAUAAGUACGACUCGAAACAUCAGUCGCACGGGGAAAGCUCUCACAGAAAGGAGAAGUAUGUAACAGAUGGCUAUGAUGGCAAGAAAUUAAAAUCAAAAUAUAGAGAUGAUACAGAAGAUAGUGGAAAUCGAAUGAAGAAAACAUUAGAUGGAAAAAAAGCUGGACUACAAGAUGCAAGGUCAUUGCGAGAGGAAACGGAGGCGUAUAAGAAACGAGAAGCUGAACACUUCAGCAAGCUCAGCAAAGAAGUUACCGGAAUUGGUCAAGCUACGAUUGUACGAGAUACUAAAACUGGUAGAAAACGUAAUUUAGAAGCAGAAGCAGCCGAGAAACGUGAAAAACAAAAACGGCAAGCAGAAUUGGACGAAAAAUAUGCUAAAUGGGGUAAAGGGUUAAAACAAGUAGAGGAUCGCGAGGAAAAAUUAAAAGACGAUCUAUAUGAAAUGAGUAAACCAUUAGCAAGAUAUGCAGAUGAUGCCGACUUAGAUAGGACACUUAGAGAACAAGAAAGAGAAGGUGAUCCCAUGCUGGAAUACAUCAAGCAAAAGCAGAUUAAAGAAGGAAAGAGAAAACCAGAUGGACCAAAAUACGAAGGAUCGUUUAUGCCAAAUCGGUUUGGUAUUAAACCCGGUCAUCGGUGGGAUGGGGUCGACAGAAGUAAUGGAUAUGAAAAACGAUGGUUCGAAACACAAAACGCGAUGGUAGCUCGCCAGGAAGAAGCUUACAAAUGGAGUACUUCCGACAUGUGAAAUGUCCAUGUUCUCUAUUCUCUACAGGUUGUACUCAUGGUGAAAUGAUUAACGAUAUACUUUUAUCGUUGACUACAACCUUGUAUUAGACAAUGUUAAAUGCAAUUUUGAUUAUCCAUACUAAAUAAAUGCACUUUUAAAUAUGUUA